AAGCGCCACAAGAAAGAAGCAAGCAAGCAAGCAAGCAAUCGAGUGCCUGACGAAUCUGUGCUGAAUGGCGCUGGCUUUUACGAAAAGAACAACCUUGCGGCUAUGAGAAAGGCUCUCAACGCCUUACCUGUCACCAUGUUCCUGUUUGCGGCUCUGGCGCCCGGUGACGCCCUGCCCUCCACCUGCCGUCCCGAGUACCAGAACCUACCGGGUGGCCUGGUGCACACGGCCUGCAAGCCUCCCAACCCAAACUGCGCCUUCAUCUCGACGGGGCUCAGCGCGGCUGAGAAGGCCGAAGUGCUUAAGGCACACAACGACUACCGAUCCCAGGUUGCCCAAGGACGACUGCCCGGGUUUCCCAGUGCUACCAAUAUGUACCGCUUGAAGUGGGACGAUGAGCUAGCUGAGGUGGCCCAGGCAUUCACGGACCAGUGCGACAACAAUCACGAUAAACCAGACCAGCGAAUGACUACCAAGUUUCCCAAAGUGGGUCAGAACAUCGCCUGGAAUUACGAGUCGACGGACACUCCAGCUGUGGACAGUGCCGGUCGCGUGAAGGAUUGGUUCGACGAGUACAAGGACUUCAGUCCUGGCAACGUUGAACCCUUCAGCGUUAGCGCUGGGCGUGUAGUCACUCAUUUUACGCAGGUUACAUGGGCAGAAACGCGGUAUCUAGGCUGUGGUUACACGCACUACAAGCUUCACCAGGACGCCGAGCCGAGCGUCCCGUUUAAGAAGCUCUACGCUUGCCAUUAUGCACCAGGUGGAAACAUUAUCGGUACGUCCAUGUACAAGAGAGGAACAGUUUGCAGCGCAUGCCCAGAAGAAACAACGUGUGAUGCUGCCAAUGGCCUGUGCAUUCGGCUUUCCGACACUCCAGGAGGACGCGGAGCACGGUAAGCCUCUCCUCGCAUCUACCGCAGGUUGGAGGGUCACUUCCGG